AUCAACUUUUUUACUUACCAUCUUUGUUUUAUUACAAUAAUACCACUUACUCAUCAUUCCCAUGCACAGACACGUGUGCCAUCCCCAUCACACAUCAAUCAAAUCCCACUCUCUUCCCUCUCUUUUUUCCUUUUCUUUUAAUUUGAUUUUCGAUUUUCCUUCAGUUUUUUUUGUUGUUUGGAAGAUCAAUAACCUCCAUUGAUAAGCUUAACCACCCAUUAUUCAUCACGGUUUUUUCCCUCUCAUUUUUUGUUCUUCCAAAAAAUUUCAACUCCCACUCAACCCAGGAUUCCUCAACAGUUUUUCCCUCUCAGUUUCUUCUUGUUUCAAAUUUAUUUAUAAAAUGGCCAUCACUCGUUCAUCCUCAUCUCCUUCCUCAGUUCAGAAACAAAAAUAAAAAAUGAGCAAGAAAACUUUGGCUAACAAAUCAAAGGGUAAACGCCCGAUCGUUGAAGAGUAUGAUUCUGAUUUUGAUGCUCCUCUGACCAAGCGUGGGAGGCCACAUACUUCGAAGAAAUCGAAGCUCAAUGUGGAGGAGCAAAUGGUUCAAGAAAUUUCUGGGAAAAAAGCUAGUGCCUCUGCCGAAGUUCGAACAGAGGUUGGUUUUCAGUUUCAUUUUUGUUUCCCCCUUUUUCAACAUUUAGUGUUUUCCCAGAUUUUUGCGUUUUUUUGUUCAUUUUACUUUGUGUAAUUUUAGGGUUUCAUUUUGAAAAUUUUGUUUUAUCUUGUUUAAUUUUUUAGGUCUUUAUUGUUGGUUUUGAGCAAUUUAUUUUGUUCUUUUCUGGGUUUGGUUUUUAAAUUUGAUUUUGUUUUCUUUAUUUACAGUGUUUGUUUGUGUUUUAGGUUCUGUAUUUUGUUUUCGUUUUAGUGCGUACAAUCAGUUGUCUGUAGUUUCUUAUUAGUAUUUUUAUAGUUUAAUGUUGUUAUGUUUGAUGUGUUUUUCGAUUUUCAUUAGGUCUAGUUGUUUGAUGUUAGUUUUUAGGUAUCAAAACGAUUUCAUAUCUUUGCUGUUUAUUUUUGUAUAGUUGUAUCUGUUUGGUAGUUUUUUUUUUGUUUGUUAAUAGUUUUAUUGUAGUUGUCAUACUGCAUUAUUCACAAUUAAUAAUUUACUGUGGCCAUUUUGGUUUUGUUGCAGGUCUGGGACUACAAAUUUAGUCCUUCUGAUUACUAUAGAUCUAAGUGUUUUUGCACUAGUCUUUUUUCUGUCAUAGAUAAUAUUAAGAAAACUUUGUCUGUUAAUUUACUGUCCAUGUUUCGUGAAACUCAGUUUGGCCAUUUUCUAGAUAUGCCUGAGUUUGUUUUUCAUCCCCAAGUUGUCCAUAGUUUAUUACUGAGGGAAGUUUUCCAGCCCAAUCCUAGAGAGUUUUUGGCUAAGGUUGCUGGCCGUUGCAGACGGUUUAGUGCUGAGGAAUUUUAUUUGAUUUAUGGAAUUGAUUAUUUCGGUGAUUGCAACAAGUUGUUGUUUUCACAGGAAACAAAUCAGUUGGUAGAAAUCUGUUUUCGUGGUGUGAAAACCAUUGACCACAAAGCCAUUGAGGAUGCUUUCUUUGGUAGUAGGUGGGGUUUGGAUGAGUCCCUUAGUUUGAAAAUGCUGUUUUGUAUUUUAUUCAGUGUUUUCUUCUUAGUAAUACUCCUGAUAAAGAAGUAUCUAGGUUUGAUCUAGAAGUUGUGGAUAGCGGUCGGUGGGACGAGUAUUGUUGGGGUAGGGAAUCUUUUAUAUUGACUGUUGAUUCAUUCAAAGGUAGAAUUCAGCAUGAGAUUUUAAUGAAAAAUAAGAAGGCAGAGAAGGGAGGCCAGUAUGAUGGUUGGUAUAGGGCUUUGGGAUGUCCAUGGGUUUUUACGGUUUGGUUUUAUGAAUGUUGUCCUGCUAUGGUGAACUCUUUCUGUAAAAGAGUUUCGUCUUCUAUUCCAAGGACUCUGAACUGGAGCAACACCAUUGUCACCAAAAAUCCAACUCUUCGAGACUUGAAGGGCAAGAUUUUUGAUUUGCCUUUGAACAAGUUGAAGAUCAAAAACAUGUGUCCUACUGAUGAAGAGAAGCAGAAGCUUCAACUUGACGGUUUAUUUCUUGAUGAGUCUAUUGAUGACCGUGGUGUAGCGAAGCAAUCAUUUGAGAGUGGGUCAUCUUCAAAGAAAUCUGAUUCAGCGGAUAUUUAUUUGAUGAAAUCUAAGUUGGAGAUGGUCAUUUCGAAUCAAGCAUCAUUGGCUGAAGACUUCAUAUCCUUGAGGUGUUUUGUUGAUCUUAAUUUCAAGUCCGUAAUGACUGUAAUUAAGGAUAUUCAGGAGAAAGUUAAUGCCAUUCAUUGUCGUCCUUCUGAUGAGGGAAAGUCAUCUGAUGAAUUAGUAACUCAAGAUUCUGAUGAUGAUGGUGAUGAUGAUGAUGAUGCUGAGGAUGAUGAGAAGGAACUGCCUGAUCCAAAAAAUAUAGAUUCCGACUCCGACGAUGGUGGUGAGUUGGUUAAAGUUGGUGGUGAUGCUGAUGAUGCUGAUAAGGUUGUUACUGAUGUUCCUCCUGCUGAUGUGAAUCCAUAUGAGACUGUUGGAGGCAGUGAUGAGAAUGCCAAGGAUGUUGAGAAGCCAAAGGGCGAUGAGUCUCGAUUAAAGGGGGACGAUUUCUUUGAUGGGUUAAGCCAGCUUGAAAUAGAUGAUGAUCAAGUUGUGUUGGCUGGCUUGGAGGUUGUUGGUAAAAUCCAUGUAAGUGUAUUUUUAUUUGUUUGCAAGAAAAUUAGGUUUCUUUUUGGUUGCUCAAUAGUUUCUAGUUUGUUUUGCAACUGUUAAAUUUCAGUCUUUCUUUUUU